UUUUCACUAUAAGAUGAUAAGAUUUGUAUAAAAUAAAUAAUGAUUACACUAGACGGCACUGAUACUGUUUUUCAUUUUUCAUUGAAAAUAAACAUUCAUAAUCAUUUGCCGUUGUACAUUUAGAAUUCACAAACGAUUAAAUUUUGUGAAUGGUUAAUAAAAAUUAUAGACAAAUAAGAAUCUAAGGUUUUUAUGUUUUGUGUUGAUUAAUUAUUGUAUAUUGUGAUGGUGUGAUGGUAAUUUUAUAGGGUGAAAUUUUGGACAUUAAAAAUAAGUUGUACAUUAAAGAAAUAUAAAAAAAGACUAUAAUGUCUUUCUCAACAUCUUCAGUGGAGCUUAGUUCUUAUCGUGAUCAGCAUUUUAAGCUUUUUUCUAAGGGCACUAGAGCAGAACAGGAUAAAUUACUACGAUUAACUACAACCUUAUAUGUGGGGAAUCUCUCCUUUUACACAACAGAAGAGCAAAUUCACGAACUAUUUUCAAAGUGCGGUGAUAUUAGGAGGAUAAUAAUGGGACUUGAUAAAUAUAAGAAAACGCCAUGUGGAUUUUGUUUUGUGGAAUAUUAUGCAAGACCAGAUGCAGAAAAUGCGUUAAGGUAUAUAAAUGGUACAAGAUUAGAUGACCGUAUUGUUAGAACUGAUUGGGAUGCAGGAUUUAUAGAAGGAAGACAGUAUGGGCGUGGAAAAACUGGAGGACAGGUACGUGAUGAAUACAGAACAGACUUUGAUUCUGGGAGAGGAGGGUAUGGAAAAAUUAUUCAACAAAAGGUUGGAACAACUGAUGGUUCAUUUGCUCGAUAACUAGUUUUUAAUAUUACGUCAAUUCAUCUUCAUUAAUUUUUUGUAUUAUCAAUUUUCAUAAAUAAAUUUAGGGUUUUUUGAUUA